CUCCUCCUCCUCCUCCUCCUCCGCCGCCGCCGCCGCCGCCGCCGCCGCCGCCGCCGCCGGGAUUUCGGUGCGGGGGGGACGCGCACAAAGGUGCGGCGGCGAUGCUCCAGGGCGGCCCCCCCGUGCCGUGAGGAGCCCCCCAUGCCCGGCCCUUUUCCGAUGCCGGCCCCCUCCGGAGGCUCCGGAUGCUCCAAAGGCCUCGGUGAGAGCCGGGACGGAGCCGCCGCCGCCGCCGGAGCCGCCCGGUGGGCGCGUCCUUUUCUCCUGAGCGAGGCCACCCCAAGGUGACAAAAUUGAGCCCCUCAAGGUCACGGUCGACUUCCUGAAGGUGCCCCUGGGCCUGAAGAAGCCCCCGCUGAAGGAGGCCCUGGCCGCUCUCCCGGGAAAACCCAAAUCCCACAUCCUGGAGCGGCACAAAUCCCGGCAUUCCGACGCCAUGGAUAAUGAGUCGCAAUAUUCGGGAUAUUCCUACAUCGGCCAUUCCCGCAGCUCCCGCAAGCACAGGGAUCGGCGGGAGCGGCACCGCUCCAAAAGCCGGGAUGGGACGCGCGGGGACAAAUCCGUGACCAUCCAAGCGCCGGGAGAGCCUUUGCUGGACAACGAAUCCACGCGGGGGGACGAGAGGGACGACAACUGGGGCGAGACCACCACGGUGGUGACGGGGACGUCGGAGCACAGCAUCUCCCACGAUGACCUCACGCGCAUCACCAAGGACAUGGAGGACAGCGCCCACCUGGACUGCUCCCGCCACCUGGGCGUGGCCCUGGCCGUGGCCCUGGCCCUCCUGGCCUUCCUCACGCCCUUGGCCUUCCUCCUCCUCCCGCAGCUGCUGUGGCGGGAGGAGCUGGAGCCCUGCGGGACCCCCUGCGAGGGGCUCUUCAUCUCGGUGGCCUUCAAACUCCUCAUCCUCCUGCUGGGCAGCUGGGCCUUGUUCUUCCGCCGCCCCAAAGCCUUCUUCCCGCGCGUCUUCGUCUUCCGGGCCUUGCUCAUGGUCCUGGUUUUCCUGCUGGUCGUGUCCUACUGGCUUUUUUACGGAGUGCGGAUCUUGGAUUCGCGGGAUCGCAACUACCGGGGCGUGGUGCAGUUCGCCGUGUCCUUGGUGGACGCUCUGCUCUUCGUCCACUACUUGGCCGUGGUGCUGCUGGAGCUGCGGCAGCUCCAGCCCCAGUUCACGCUCAAGGCCGUGCGCUCGGCCGACGGCGCCAGCCACUUCUACAACGUCGGUCACCUCAGCAUCCAGCGAGCAGCCGUGUGGAUCCUGGAGAAUUACUACCACGACUUCCCGGUCUACAACCCCGCCCUCCUCAACCUUCCAAAAUCCGUCCUGUCCAAGAAAAUGUCCGGCUUUAAGGUCUAUUCCCUCGGCGAGGAGAAUUCCACGAACAAUUCCACGGGGCAGUCGCGGGCGGUGAUCGCGGCGGCGGCGCGGCGGCGCGACAACAGCCACAACGAGUUCUACUACGAGGAGGCCGAGCACGAGCGCCGGGUGCGGAAACGCCGCGCCAGGCUGGUGGUGGCGGUGGAAGAGGCCUUCACCCACAUCAAGCGGCUGCAGGAGGAGGACCAGAAGAACCCGCGGGAGAUCAUGGACCCGCGCGAGGCGGCCCAGGCCAUCUUCGCCUCCAUGGCCCGGGCCAUGCAGAAGUACCUGAGGACCACCAAGCAGCAGCCCUACCACACCAUGGAGAGCAUCCUGCAGCACCUGGAGUUCUGCAUCACCCACGACAUGACCCCCAAGGCCUUCCUGGAGCGGUACCUGACGGCCGGCCCCACCAUCCAGUACCACAAGGACCGCUGGCUGGCCAAGCAGUGGACACUGGUCAGCGAGGAGCCGGUGACCAACGGCCUCAAGGACGGCGUGGUCUUCGUGCUCAAGCGCCAGGACUUCAGCCUGGUGGUGUCCACCAAGAAGAUCCCGUUCUUCAAGCUCUCCGAGGAAUUCGUGGACCCCAAGUCGCACAAGUUCAUCAUGAGGCUGCAGUCGGAGACCUCGGUGUGACCCGCACAGGGAUUGGCCGGGAUGGGACUUUUCCCGAAUCCCUCCCGCUCCGAAACUCCGAGUUUGGCUCCUCUGGAUCCCUCCGGCCCCACGAGGCCGCGGAAAAACCGGGAAGCCGCUCCCGGCUCCGGCGCCUUCCUGGGAUUGCGCCCACUCGCCCAUUUUGAGGUGGCUGAGCCCCUUUUCCUCCUCCUCCUCCUCCUCCUCCUCCUCCUUCUUCUUCCCGAAAUCUGGAUCCUUCGGAGCGUCUCCCCGGCACGGCGGCGGCGGUGCCGUAACUCAAGGGCUAAUUCCAAGAAUUCCCAACUUCCUUCUUCACCAGCGUCUCGGAGCAGCUCCGGGUCCCACGGACCUUCUGCUCCUGUCCAUUUUCUCCUGGACAACUGUCCUGGCUCUGGCCUUAAACCACUGCCCGGCCCUGGGGCUGGGAUUUCAUCCCAAGGGAAUUUUUUUCUGGGAGGGGGGGAAAGGGGAAGGAUUUUGGAAUCACCUCCAGGAUCCGCAGCUGCUAUGGAAAAGCUCCGUGGUGUAUCCCAGGUUUCGGGAGCCUCCUCCUCUGCCGAUGGGUUUUUAGGGAAAACGAGUGGAAAUCUGAUUUUUUGGAGGAGCUGAAGGUUGGAUUGGGGUUUUUUAAGGUGGGAUUUGCAGCUCCUCAGGGGAUCCACGUCCCGAAUCCCAGCGGCAUCUCCGUGGGGGCUUCCCGGUGCCGUUGGAGCGAUCCCGGAUCCGUAACCCUGAGGAACUCCUGGAAGAGGUCAGCGAGGUCCUUAAGGAGCGUCCCUCGGUGAGGUGGCCCCAUGGCGAUCCCACCGAAUUCCCACCGGGAUGCAAAAGGAGCUGGGUUUGCCUUCUCCUGAUUUUUUUGUUAAUACCUCACGGAUCGAUUUGGAAUUUUUUUCCCCUUAUUUUCUUUUUCCCCGCUCCGGAUUCCACCUCCAGCCUCGAGGGGUCGGAAGUGCCGGAUUUCAUUCCAGGGAGGCGUUUUGGGGUCCGAUUUUGGGGUUGGUUUUGUCCUAAGCACUAAAAGAGGGGAGUUUGGAGCUGGGGGAGGCUUCCCCAGUAAGCACCAGUAGCAAAAUGGGCGGAUCCAUCCCCAUCCCAAUUCCAGGAAAUCCCCAAUUUUUGGGGAAUGUUUUUGGGGGGAACUUUUUUUGGGGGGGGAAUUUCAACCCCCCCCUGCUGCUCCCAUCAUUUUCCAGCCUUUUGGGGCCGAAGGAUCCAGAUUUCACCCCCCGAUCCUUCGGCUCCGUCGGCGCUGCUGCCGCUGGGAGCCCAUUUUGGGGCAUUUUCCUGAAAAAAAAAAGCGGCUGGAUCUGCCUGGGCUGGGGGAGAUUUUCCAUCCGGGAAUUCCGGGAGAUAAAAAAAUCCCUUUUUUUUUGGUUCUGUUUUUGGGCUUGGGUUUGGAUUUCGUUUUCCCGCCGAGCUGAGACCUUUGUGCAUGCGUGUAGAAAGUUGUAAAAUGUCAAAGUAAUGGUUUUUAAUAUAUAAAAAAAAGAAAAAGCUUGGAUUUUCCCGGUUUUUUGCAGUGGAUCGGAGCGUUCCGGCAGUGGUAGGAAUUUUUCUGUUGGUGUUCGGUUGUUUUUUGCUUUUGUUUUUGGUUUUUUUUUUCAUAGAGGAACUACAAUUGUACAAUUUUUUUUUUUUUUUUUUAA